UUAUCAUAUUUCUUCACCUGACACUUUCCAGGAUUGUCUGCUGGUCAUACCUAGAAUGAGCAGUUCACCUGCUCCCCAUAAUUAUUACGUGGUGGGUUUCAGGUUUUUUUGUUUGUUUGUUUGGGUUUUUAAAUUAUUUUUUUUUAUGAAUAUGAUGUCCUAAAACACUUCUAAACUGUUUGUUUGUACAUGGAUAGCUCUAACAGGUCUUUACUUGGACAGCCAGUGUUUUCCAUUGAACUAGAAUUCCAUUACAGGGUAAUUGCUGGGUUCACUUUUGCAGAGGAAAACAAUUUGCUACAUAGCUUACAUCACUGUUCUGUAGACCUCAUUAUGCAAGCAUUUAAGCAUAUGGAUAUCUCCAGAAGCUUACCUGUUCCCAUAACACUUUGUAAAGCAACAGAAACGUAUAAAGCUAUAUAUGCAUACAGGUAUUAGCAGGAUUGAGGUCUCUUAUUGUUCCUUUCUACCUUUUAAAUGGUCUUUCAGAGCUUUCAUUAUACUCUGCAGAACUGUUUCAGGUUCAGAGUUACUUUAUCCUUUUGAUUUGCUUUGUUCCUUGAUCCUAUCACUGAAGCACUCUCCUUCAAGCUUCAGAACAAAAGUACUUUUGGGAGCAGAGGCCCUGUGGCAGACAGUGGGGCUCUGCUUUCUUUUUGGCAAUUUGCCUUUGGGCUGAGGGAGAAUAUUCUUGCCUGUUAAGUGCAAAAGCCUCAGUUACUGCACCACUACUUACCUAAGUCUCCCUCCUGGGACCAGUCCACUUCCUUAGCACAGGCAAACCUGUAGUUCAUGGCUAGAGUUACGGGUAGGGCUUUCUCUUUUUUUUUUUUUUUUUGUUUUAAUUUUUUUAAGUAAAUGGCUUCAAUGCAAAGCAUUUUCCUCAGAAGGUAUAUUUGUCCUAAGUGGCUCUUGCUGGUUUACACACACCCUGUCCUUUCUCUUGCUUUGAAAGUUGUUCCACUUGAUUGCUCAGUUUGCUUCUUUGAGUCAGUGGUGGCAGGGGAAUUAUAAAGGAGAUGAAGGCGCAGCCAAGUCCCAGGUAAUGUGUGCAGAUUUAAGCCGAUUUAAAGUUGUGCAGAUUGACUCUGAAACUUUCUUUGCACAAGGGACAACAACUUUGGGAAAAAGGUGCUGAUUUUUUUGCCAGCAGUGUGUGCCUGGCUUGGGAAACCUGCUGAAGUGUGUCUCACCUUGCAAAGGCAACAUGGGCAGUGGCGCUUUGAAGAUUGCUGGGCUGCUUGUUGGUGGCAUUGGCGUGAUUGGGACAUUUGCUGUCACAGGCAUGCCUCAGUGGAGGGUGUCUGCCUUCAUUGAGAACAACAUCAUCGUGUUCGAGACCAUUUGGGAAGGUCUGUGGAUGCACUGUAUCAGGCAAGCCAACAUCAGGAUGCAGUGCAAGGUCUACGACUCCGUGCUGGCCCUCUCUCCGGACCUGCAGGCAUCCAGGGGACUGAUGUGUGCUGGGUCGGUGCUCUCGUUCCUCGCUUUCAUGGUUGCCAUUACUGGGAUGAAGUGCAUGCGGUGCGCACAGAGCAGCUGGCAAGCCAAGGGCUAUAUUAGUCUGGUGGCUGGGUUCCUCUUCAUCCUCUCAGGUGUUGUUGAGCUCAUUGCAGUCUGCUGGGUUGCCAAUGCCAUCAUCAGUGACUUCUACAACCCUGUGGUCAACGUUGCACAGAAAAGGGAGCUUGGAGAGGCCCUCUACCUGGGCUGGGCAGUUGCCUUCUGCCUCAUUGCUGCUGGAGCCAUAUUCUGUUGCUUCUGCUGCUGUUGUGUGAAAACGAGAAGCUACAGGUACUCCACACCAAACCAGUAUCCCACUCAGAGCCAGCAUUUGCACAGGAAGAUGGAAAGCUCAUACUCCAAAAGUCAGUAUGUCUAGAUGCUUCCUGCCUUUCCUUUUUUGAAGUAUUCAAUCUGUCUGAAUGGAUUUCAGCUUCUGCACAAAAGGGCAGCUAGAAAGCUGCCUUUGCCUUUUGCUUUAUAACUGCUGCUGUUUGGAGCUGCAUUACCGCCAAUGGGCUCUGCUGUGACUAAUGCUGCAGCAGGGACAAUUUUAAUACAUGGAAAGGUGAAUGUUUAGUAUUAUUUUAGUAAUAACUUGAAAUAGCUUUUGUGUUUUGUGGCUUUGCUUUGUGUUGCAUAUUACGUGUUGUA